ACAUUUUCAUUUGGAAAUUUUAUUAUAUUUUUUAAAGAAAAAUUAAGUAGCUUUAGGUAAACGUAAUGAAUGAAAUGUUUUCACAAGAAGAGCUAGUAUUACCACAAUGUAAAUAUGAAUAUUUGGAUCACACAGCUGAUGUACAAUUACAUUCUUGGGGUGAUAGCCUCAAAGAGGCCUUCGAGCAAUGUGGUAUUGCAAUGUUUGCCUACAUGACAGAAAUCGAAACAGUAGAAAUAAAAGAAUCUGCAGAAAUAGAAGCAAUAGGGCAUGAUAUAGAAAGUCUACUAUUCCACUUUUUAGAUGAACUUUUAUUUUUGUUCAGCUGUGAACCAUAUUUAAUUUGUAGUAAAGUCACCAUUACAGAAUUUAUGUGCGAGGGUGAGGAAUUCAAAAUAAAGUGCAAAUGUUAUGGAGAAGAAUUUACGCUCGGAAAGCACCCACAAGGGACUGAAGUGAAAGCGAUAACGUAUUCUGCAAUGCAAAUUGUUAAUGAACCUGAUAAAAAUAGGUUUGAAUUGUUUGUUAUUAUCGAUAUUUAGGAAAUAGAUUUAUAGGUUUUUUU